AUCAGGUUAAGAUUAUUUAAUCCUCACACGAUCGUCACUUUGCAAUUAUUGAUUAAAGAUGUAAUUAAAAGAUAAUGACUAACCUUGAAAGUUUUACAGAUAUACUGAACGAAGAAAUAGACAGUUCACCACCAUUUUCGUUGUCGACAUCAAGUACCACUAAUGCAGAUGAUCAGCAUGUGGUAAAUAAUGUUAACAUAAUAAGUAAAGGUGUAAAUAGACCGGCAAAACACACCGGAGAACGCCAAGGUUUAAGAAGUGUUGAAGAAAUAGAUCCGAAGUACAGACAUGUAUUCAGUUUUCAACAUUUUAACGCCGUGCAAACAAAAGUUAUCGAAGAUGCUUUAUAUUCUGACAAAUCUUUGGUGGUUUGUGCGCCAACUGGAUCCGGAAAAACGGUUAUAUUUGAAAUGGCCAUCGUUCAAUUACUCAUGGAGAUGGAGGAAAAAAAUUUUGAUGGAGAUUUUAAGAUCAUUUACAUGGCUCCAAUAAAAGCCAUCUGCACUGAAAGGUUAACCGAAUGGUAUCCGAAGUUCACUAAAUUGAAUGCCUUAUGCAUUGAAGUGACGGGAGAUACUGAUGUUGAUUUCUCACAAUUGAAACCUUACAGGAUUAUUAUAACGACGCCGGAGAAAUGGGACUUGUUGACACGAAGAUGGCGCGACUACAGAGGUAUGGUGGAAGUUAUCAAACUGUUCCUCAUAGAUGAGGUUCAUAUAUUGAACGAUGUCACUCGAGGACCUGUGUUAGAAGCUGUUGUCAGUCGCAUGAAAACUAUACAAAUAUUCUGUAACACUCGAAAAGGCGUAACUCUAACAGCAGAGGCUUUAUCCCGAGAUAUAACAUUUAAAUUUAGCGAAGAACAGAAAGCAAAACUCACGAUUUUAGCUUCCGCUAUAAAGACUAAGAAAAUCCAGUCAUUGGUACUAUGUGGAAUCGGUUGCCAUCACGCCGGCCUACUGUUCGAAGAGAGGGUGAACAUAGAGAGAGCGUUUCGCAACGGAGAUCUGCCCAUACUGAUAACAACUACGACAUUGGCAAUGGGCGUGAACUUACCAGCACAUCUUGUAAUUAUCAAGAACACACAACAAUAUGUUAAUGGUACUUACCAGGAAUAUAGUAUCAGUACGGUGCUGCAAAUGGUGGGCCGUGCUGGACGACCACAGUUCGAUACCGAAGCAACUGCUGUCAUAAUGACACGAAUUACUGAUAAGGCAAGAUAUCAAGCUCUAGUCGGAGGAUGUGAACCUCUACAAAGCUAUCUACAUAAACGUUUAGCUGAGAAUCUAAACAGCGAAGUGGCUCUGGGAACUCUGAUCGACCUAGCGCAGUGCGUUCAGUGGGUUCGAUCCACGUUUCUCUUUGUACGAGCAGCACGUGACCCGAAGAUGUAUCUAGGUCUCCCGCAGUCAGCGCCUACAGAUCUUAUUUCUAGGAAAAUUGAAGAUAUGUGCAUGAAAGCAGUGAACGGGUUAGAAAGGUCGGGUCUGAUAACGAAGGAUGAAGUAUGCUGCAUACAAUCAACAGAAGCUGGCCGUUUACUAUCUAUUUACUAUUUGGAUUUGGAAACCAUGAAACGUAUAAUGAAAAUAAAAGGCGACGAGUCUCUAGAACAGUUAUUAUGGGUUGUAUGCGAGAGUCACGAACUAUCUGAUAUGCACCUCCGCGUUGACGAACGGAGAUGCCUAAACGCGCUAAACAGAAACAACGCAGCCGCAACUAUACGCUUCCCUAUGAAGGGGAAGAUCAACACAAGGCAGAUGAAACUUAACUGUAUAAUCCAGGCUGUGCUAAGCUGUCUACCCAUCCAUGAACCCUCCUUAAAUCAAGAAGCCGUCAAAAUAAUGCGAAUUGCUAAUCGCAUUUGUAAAUGUUUACUGUCUUAUGUAACUCGAUCGAACGAAUGGAGUUCUCCGCAAAACUAUCAGGCAGUAUUAAAUGCUAUAGUUUUAGCGAAAUGCCUCGAGUCACAAAUUUGGGAGAAUUCAAAAUACGUUAGCAAACAGUUGAAAGGAAUUGGGCCGACUUACAGCACUUUACUCGCUACUGCUGGAAAAAUUAACUUCAUGUUACUAGAAGAGAGUCAUCCACGAGAUUUGGAAAGAAUAAUGAAUAAAGGUCCACCAGCUGGUAAUGUUCUUCGCAAACAAAUAAGUUUACUACCAAAGUAUCAACUAACAAUUACCCCAAUAGAUGAAAAUAGCGUAAGCGUACAACUAAAACUUCUAAAUCAAAUGCAUUUAGCUGAGAACCUAGAUCAUUUAACUGCCGGUGCGAAUCACAAGUCUUACAUAAUUAUAGGAGAUUCUGAAAACUAUUUACUAAUAUUAGCAACUUUCAAAGACAAAGACCUAAUAAACAUUUAUGAUGGCGAAAUAACAUACCAAGCUGUUAGAAGACAUAACUUUGAACACAAAAUUAUGGCUCACUGUAUUAGUUCUAACUUCGUCGGCAUUGAUGUUCAUUGUGAACAUACAUUUCAAGGGCUAGAAUUAUCUCACUCUAAUGUUAUACCAAUUUCUUCAAAAGAGAAAACAGACAGCAAACAUGUUAAACAAACAGCCAUAACAGAUACUUUUAAAAUACGAAAAAGACAGAAUUACGAUCCUGUUGACAAGAACGCGGUAAAAAGGAAAUGUAAUUUUGCUAUAAUCGAACAAAUUAAAUCAUUCACUCAACCAAAUGAUAAACGCAAUGAGACUGAAAGUGAGAAAAUCGAAGGCAAUGAAAUAUUACAGAAAAAUAGUUUUGGUGUUGAUUUAUUUGAUGAUGAACAUUUUUUUACGAUGAGCGAAUGUAAUAACGAGGACGAUGAAAUAAAUGAAAUUUUAAAUAAAAACGACAAAGAAAUUCUAGAACAAAGCGCAAGUAACAACAAUGUAACUCAAAAACAGCUGCCAGUUGUUUUUACUCCUUUUAGUAAUCUACACAUGGGAAGAGAAACUUAUGAUCUAGAAGUUAAGACGACAAAACAACCACAACAAACAACAACUGAAAUUAAAUAUUUAAACAACAUAAUAGAGAAAGAACAAAACAACAUAAAUGUUGUUGAUGAAAUGCAGGACACAAAUACUAUGAAAUUUAAAGAGAGUAAUGAAGAAGAUGAACAAAUAGGUAAAAUCUUAAAUGAUAUCGAAAAAGAAAUUCUAGAACAAGUUAAACCUAACCACAAUAUAAUUCAAAAACAGAUGUCAAUAUCUAAACCUUUUACUAAAACGAUCGUUGAAAGAAAAAAUCAUUUAGAGAUUAAUACACCGAAAAGUGGAACUGUUUUUAAAAAGUCAAUAGAAAAUGAAGAAAACAACAUAACUGUUAUCAAUAAAAUGCAGGAAAACGUAAAUUUUACGAAUUUCAGCGAAAUUUUAAAUGAAAUCGAAAAACGAAGUAUGGUACAAAAUAAACUUAGCUACAAUGUGACUCAAAAAUCUGUGCCAGUUAUUUAUGACUUUAAAGUAAAAACAGAAACUAGACCUAGGGUAAUUAAUAAGGCAUUGAGAAAAGAGAAAAACAACUUCAAUAUUAUUGAUAAAAUACAAGAGAAAGCAAAUAAUAUGACUGAAAAUGAUGACAUUGUAAUUACAGGUGAACAGAGCACGUUUGUUAACAUUACUAAAAAUCACAUUGACGAAUAUAUAGAAAAAGCUAAACGAAGUGACAAUGACAUAGAAAAAAAUAUUCUAAAUUUGUUAGAAGUAAGUCCAAGCAAAUCGUAUUGUGAAGACCUUUUACCAACUAAUGAAAAUAGUGAAUAUUUAUAUAACAAAAACAUCGAUGACACUUUAAAAAUCUCCAAAGAACUUUCAAUUCUUGAUAAAGAAGACAUUGGAAAGUCUACAUUACCACAAUUACAAAUUGAACAUCAGAAUGGAACAAUAAUCACCGAAGCUUCCAAAACCAAUAAAACAAAUAGCGUAAUAUUACAGAAUGAAAAUAAGUCGAAUGAUCAUUAUAACUUAGAUGAGUUAGAAUUCAAUAAAUUCGAAGGGGAUGAUUUAAAUUACAUAAACCCCAUAUUCAUUUCGAACACCAUUGAAAACAAUAACGUCAUGUCCAAUCCUGAUAACGAUCAAAACAUAUCCAAUGAUUUCUUUGCAUUAAGAAAGAUACAAAAUGAACAUAAUAAAAUGUCUAACUUUACAAAUAUCUAUUCAAAGGUCCACGAAAAUAAACCCAUUAACAAUAAUAUGGACUAUGAUCCUAUUAAAACUAGUGAAAACCCUAAUACAAUACCUAAUCCAGAAAAUCUAAAACGUAUUACAACAAAAGACUGUGUUUCACAAAUAUUACAAGAAGAGGGAUUGAUUUCCAAAGAUGUCGAAACUAAUAACGAAGACAAGAGCAUUAUUUGUGUAAAACCAAAUCAAUUUGACAAUCACAAAAUGUGA